AUGGCUGCAGAUACGACAAGUUCCAAGUAUAAAUAUCCUUCAAUUCGAAGUUCAAUUCAAGAGCCGUUGUUUGAUAUCACAAUUACAACUCAAAUUAAUUCAAUCUCAUCAAACAUCAAUAAAAAAAUGUCUUCUACUACUGUUUUCGUUUCCGGUGCUAACGGUUUCAUUGCUCAACAUGUUGUCAAACAACUACUCAACAAAGGUUAUUCUGUUGUUGGUACUGUCAGAUCAGCUGCUAAAGGUGAUUCAUUAAAGCAAUUAACCAACUCCAAUAAGUUUUCUUAUGAAGUUGUUCCAGAUAUCAGCGCAGAUGGAGCAUUCUAUCAUGCAUUAAAGAGACAUCCAGAAGCUACUGUUUUCAUUCACACUGCCUCUCCUGUUUCCUUUUCCGUUAAUGAUGUUGAGAAUGAAUUAUUACAACCGGCAAUCAGGGGAACUAAGAAUGCUCUCAAGGCAAUUCACGAAUAUGCUCCUCAAAUCAAACGUGUGGUUGUUACAUCUUCAGUAGUGGCUGUUUUCCAUUGGGGUAAGACUACUGAUUUUGAGAAGGUUCAUACUGAAACUGACUGGAACCCAAUUACUUAUGAAGAAAGCUUGGAAAACUCAUUAUUUGGAUAUGUUGGAUCUAAGAAGUUUGCCGAAUUAGCAGCUUGGGAAUUCAUGAAAGAAAAUAAAACCAAUUUUGACAUUUCUUUUGUUAACCCUUCUUACCUGUUUGGUCCUCAAGCUUUUGAUAUUAAAGAUAAAUCUCAAUUAAAUUUAUCUGCUGAAGUUGUGAAUUCUGUUGUUAAAUUGCGUCCACAAGAUAAGAUCCCAGAAUUGGUUGGUACAUUUAUUGAUGUGAGGGAUGUAGCAAGAGCACAUAUUUUUGCAUUUGAAAGUGAUAAGGCAAUUAAUCAGAGAUUUUUAUUAGCUAAUGAGAAAUUCUCAAAUGAAAGCAUUGCUAAUUUGAUCAAUGUGAAGUUCCCAAAUUCUGGUGUUCCAAAGGGAGAUUUGGUAAGACAUGUUGAACAAAUCAAGAAUGAAUUUAAUAUUGAUACUACCAAGACUAGAGAAAUUCUUGGAUUUGAUUUCUUGGGAAUUGAGCAAUCAGUUUUUGACACUGUUCAACAAAUCUAUGCAGCUAACUAG